UAAAUCCAUGAACAAAAUGGUAAAUUUGAAAAAAAUCCAUAAAAUUAAUUUCAAAAUUAUUUCCAACGGAAUCCGGAGUGGUGCGAGUUUUACAAACACUGGUGAAUGGUGAUGGAGUUGGCAGGAAAUGGGAAACAGAAGGGUGAACUCGCUUAACUUCGAAUUGAUUAAGCUUUUUGAAAGCCCUUAAAGUUCUGCUCAUCAAUUGAAUUUCGCUUACCCAAAUGAUUAGUUGCAACCUGAAAAUUUGAAACAAGAUUGAGACGAAAUAGCGCGCCAAAGAAACAAAAAGAAUGGACUUUGACGACGAUGACUGGGGUUUAAGCGCAGAACAACUCGACUCCCUUGAGAAAGACGCUUACCGGAAGAUCGCUCAACAACAGCAACAACUAUAUUCUUCUUCUUCUUCUUCCGAUAUAACCCAACAGUUACAUUCUAACAACACCAAACCCAUCUUUAGUUCUCCUUCUAACAAGGUGGAAUCUUCGCCAAUUGCAACCAAAGUACUUUCCACUUCCAUCAUACUCAAUUCAAAAUCUGAUGAAAGCUCAAAGGGUGUACCAAAGCUCUCUGUCAAAUUUCUACUUCAUGCAAGUGGAAAUAUUGCUGCUAAAUUUUCAUAUGACCCGGUAUUAGUAGCUGCAAUCCGCAAGAUCCCUAGAGCCUCUUGGAAUGCAAAAGAGAGAUUGUGGAUUUUCCCAGUCUCCUCUUUGUUGUCAGCUGCAAAAGUUUUCAGUGAAAUAUCUGGUUUCAAUGUUGAGGUAGAAAACUUAGAUCCCUUGGUGCAACGUGCUAUUUCUGCUGCUUCUGCUUCUCCAGAUCUUCGGGAUUGGUAUGACAAGAUACCUAGUUAUAUCGAGUCAAAGCUUCUUCCUUUUCAGCGGGAUGGUGUUAGGUUUGUAUUGCAGCAUGGAGGGCGUGCACUCUUAGCAGAUGAGAUGGGACUAGGGAAGACUUUACAGGCUAUUGCUGUAGCUGCAUGCCUUCGUGAUUCCUGGCCUGUUCUCAUACUUGCACCAUCUUCCCUGCGUUUGCAUUGGGCUUCAAUGAUUCAACAAUGGCUGAAUAUUCCCUCAUCAGAUAUACUUGUUGUUUUAUCACAAUGGAGUGGAUCAAACAGAGGUGGAUUCACAAUAGUAUCAUCAAAUACCAAGGACAAUACUCGCAUCGAUGGCCUAUUCAACAUAAUCUCUUAUGAUGUAGUUCCUAAGUUGCAGAAUGUUCUAAUGGCAUCAGAAUUUAAGGUUGUGAUUGCAGAUGAAUCACACUUCAUGAAAAAUGCUCAAGCAAAGAGGACAACUGCCUCCCUUCCAGUUAUAAAGAAAGCUCAAUAUGCAAUAUUGCUCAGUGGAACACCUGCUUUAUCCAGGCCAAUAGAGCUUUUCAAACAGCUGGAAGCUUUGUAUCCUGGUGUGUACAAGAAUGUUCAUGAAUAUGGUAACCGAUAUUGCAAGGGGGGAAUUUUUGGAGUUUAUCAAGGUGCAAGUAACCAUGAAGAAUUGCACAACCUGAUGAAGGCAACAGUUAUGAUUAGAAGACUUAAAAAGGAUGUUCUUUCUGAGCUUCCUGUAAAGCGUCGACAGCAAGUUUUCAUAGAUUUGGCAGAGAAGGACAUGAAAAAAAUUAAUGCUUUAUUCCGUGAGUUAGAGGUGGUAAAAGGAAAAAUUAAGGCAUGCUCAUCGGCUGAGGAGGUUGAAUCACUAAAGUUUUCCGAGAAGAAUCUUAUUAAUAAGAUAUAUACUGAUUCAGCUGAAGCCAAGAUCCCUGGGGUCAUAGAUUACCUGGGAACUGUCAUUGAGGCAGGCUGUAAAUUUCUAAUAUUUGCUCAUCAUCUACCCAUGAUUGAUUCAAUACAUGACUUUCUUCUUAAAAAGAAGGUGGGUUCCAUUCGCAUUGAUGGCAGCACUCCGCCGGCAUCAAGGCAAGCAUUAGUUACUGAUUUCCAGGAGAAGGAUGCUAUAAAGGCAGCAGUGCUCUCUAUUAGAGCUGGAGGUGUUGGGUUAACUUUAACGGCUGCUAGCACUGUUAUCUUCGCUGAAUUGUCUUGGACACCUGGUGACCUGAUCCAAGCUGAAGAUAGGGCUCACAGGAUUGGCCAGGUUUCUUCGGUAAAUAUUUAUUACCUGCUAGCAAAUGACACUGUUGAUGACAUUAUAUGGGAUGUUGUUCAGAGCAAGUUGGAAAAUUUGGGACAGGUGCUUGAUGGCCAUGAGGAUUCCCUAGAAGUUUCAGUCAGCCAGCAGAGAAGCAGCCCAGGAAAGCAGAAAACACUCGACUCUUUUCUGAAGCGCUGUAAUGGUGAGGAGCAUCAGUCCAAGGUCAAAUGCCCCAGGCAAUGAGGGACCUGCUCUCUUAAGAGUUACUGGUAUUUGGUAUUGAGGUUGAAAGUGAAUGUUUUGUCUAAUCAAUCUAUUUACAGCUUCUGUUUAAUUGAUUUGGAGUUCUUACAAAUUGAACAUGUGAAAUUCACCUUUCUAUAAUUUGAUUGGCUUCUAGACGACCUAUUCAUAAUGGGGUUUUUUUUUUUUUUUGAGCCUCCAAUCCCAAUUUGGUCCGCUGUGUUUUCAUUCACAUAAAUGCUAUAACUGGAUUGGCUCAGAAAAAUAUUUCUGUGCAGGUGUCGGCAUUUGGAAAUUUUCUUGUUCUGAAAUGGUGGAAGCACAAUCACAAAUGUGAAUCAGUUUUGUUCUGAAUAUGGUUUUGUAUAGGGAUACUCUUCCUAGAGGUGCUGCUGCUGGAAAUAUGGGCCUUUUUUUUUUUCGGCCUGCUUGGAAGUUCACGGGGCAUUUAAGGAGGAUUUUGUACCAUUUGUUGCAUUGGUUCUAGUAGUUAGGAGUGAAGAGUUUGUACCCUGCAAGGGGCAUCUGAAACACCAAGUAGCUGUUCGAGAAAAAUGCAUGGUAUACAAGCAUGUUAAAUUAAUGCAGUUGGCAGAAAUUCAAAUUAUUGCUGAGAAGCUUGUUUGACU